AUGGAGGCCGAGGAAGCAAGGCAAAGGCAUAAGAGGCUGAACUAUGUCGAAUCAAAGGGCGAUUCUGGAUCUUCCAAGAAAUCGAAAAGUUCCUUUUCUUUAUCUUCUCAGUCCAUGCCCCAACUAACCAAGUCAUCAGGAUUUGUUUCUAUGAGAAGAUCGGGAAGUACAGGCCCCAACCGUGUCAUUUGUUUUCGAUGUGGCCAGCAGUGCCACAAGGCUUCAAAUUGUAAUCGGAAUCUUAGCCGUCAACAACAAGCUCAUUCUCAAAGUCCAGCACAAGGAAGGGGCCAAUCACCUGCAUACUACUAUUGCGGACAGUCGAGUCACAUUAAAAGGUCUUGCUCACAACUGAUUGGAAGAGGGAACACUUUUGGGCCUCGAAAUUCUGGGGGUUAUCGUCAGGCCAAGGUCAGAGACAGAGGUACCAGCCAAUUCAAUCAUACCUAUGUAUCACAUGUCAAUUAUUUGUCCGCCUAA